AAAGUGUUUUCUGUGUCAUUAGAGAAACUGUGAGGUGGAACUGUAUGACUGUACACACACACACACACCCCUGGUCCUCCAGAUUUCAGAUGGAUUUUCAUGGAAAUAAGAUAAUUAGCUUAAUGUAAUACAAUGGCAGCACAAGUUGCUGCAGUUCCUGAAGUAAAGGAAAAGCAUGACAUUAAUGAAGGAAAUGGUAAAGUAAAGGUUGAUGAAGAAGGACUAACUAGCCGAAUAGAAGACAAAUCAUUAGGGGAAACUGUGCAGAAAAAACGCCCACCCCCUGUAGAUCUGACAGAAGCUAAACUACUACAACAACAAAUAAGUCAUGGAUCCAAAACUCCCAAUACAAGUGGUCCUCAGACUCCGGGAACUGCUACGGAGAAGAAGAGGGAUAGAGAACGAAAAAUUGGACACAGAAGAGUGGAAGAAGGUGGUCAAAUUACGUAUAAAAAGAUUCAAACAUCCCAAAUCAUGGGAUCAUUUCAACUAGGAAUUGGGUAUGCUGUGGGAAAGCUAGCGUCAAAACCAGAACGAGAUGUUUUAAUGCAGGAUUUUGCCAUUGUGGAGACUAUAUCUUUUGCAGGUGAAGGAAGCACGUUCACACCGGCUCAUCACUUUACUGAUUUCAAGUUCAAGAUUUAUGCUCCUGUUGCCUUUCGUUAUUUUAGGGAUCUUUUUGGGAUUCAACCUGAUGAUUUUCUGCUCUCUGUCUGCAAUGAACCCAUGCGAGAGUUGACGAACCCUGGAGCUAGUGGAAGUAUUUUCUACGUCACGACCGAUGAUGAGUUCAUUCUUAAAACAGUUCAAUACAAAGAAGCUGAAUUUCUUCAGAAAUUAUUGCCUGGCUAUUACAUGAAUCUGAGCCAGAAUCCAAGAACUCUUUUGCCCAAGUUUUUUGGACUGUAUUGCUAUCAGUGUGGUGGAAAGAAUGUAAGAAUGAUAGCCAUGAAUAACCUCCUGCCAUCGUCCAUCAACCUGCAUCAGAAGUACGACUUGAAAGGUUCCACCUAUAAACGGAAAGCUAGUAAAUAUGAACGAAGCAAAGGUUCUCCUACCUUCAAAGACUUAGAUUUUAUGGAACAUCAUCCAGAAGGAAUUUUACUAGAGGCAGAAACAUACAAUGCACUGACCAAAACUAUACAGAGGGAUUGUAGAGUUUUAGAAAGCUUUAAGAUCAUGGACUACAGUUUACUGAUUGGUGUCCACAACUUAGAUCAAGCUGGAAGGGAAAAGAUGGGACAGACAGAGCAAAUAAAAUCCAAUUUUGAAGAAAACAACAGAGCAGCAUCAGCUGGAG